CCAGAGCUGAAUCUUUAACAGAGCACGCUGCUGGGUCUCUCUGCCUCAGCCCCCAGACACACACACACACACACACCAUACGCACACACACACCGACCAAACACAUGGAGUACUGCCGCGCUGUGUUUCUCUGGAUCUGCUGCAGCCUGUUACCAGGGCUCCAUGAUGGUUUCAACAUCCACACCAAGAACCACAGGAUCAUCAAGGGCCCCAAGCAGGCCCAGUUUGGAUACACUGUGCAGCAGCACGUUGCCGGGGGACAAAAGUGGUUAUUGGUGGGAGCUCCAUAUGAAACCAAUGGACACCACCAGACAGGGGAUGUGUACAAAUGCCCAUUGGGAAAACGGUCCAAUGGCAGCUGCUCCAAACUCAACCUAGGAAGGAUUUCUCUGACCAAUGUCGCCGAGCGAAAAGACAAGAUGAGGCUGGGGAUGACGCUGACAACCAACCCCAAAGACAAUAGCUUUGUGGUCUGUGGACCCCUGUGGUCCUAUGAGUGCGGCAGCUCAUACUACAGCACUGGGAUAUGCUCUCGAGUCAACGCCAGCUUCAAAUUCUCCAAAACCAUAGCUCCAGCCUUCCAGAGGUGUGAGACCUACAUGGAUAUAGUGAUCGUUCUGGAUGGUUCCAACUCCAUCUACCCCUGGACGGAGGUGCAAGCCUUUCUUAUCAACAUUCUACAGAAGUUCUACAUUGGACCAGGCCAGAUACAGGUUGGAGUGGUGCAGUAUGGGGAGAAGGUGGUGCACGAGUUCCAUCUGAAUGACUACAAGUCGGUGGAGGAGGUGGUGAAGAGAGCAAGCAACAUCCAUCAGAGAGGCGGAGAGGAAACCAACACGGCACUCGGCAUCAACGUCGCUCGCUCAGAAGCAUUCAAACGAGGAGCCCGACGAGGCGCCAAGAAGGUGAUGAUCGUGAUCACUGACGGGGAGUCACAUGACAGCCCUGACCUUCAACAGGCCAUCGAGGACAGCGAGAAAGAUGGCAUCACCCGCUAUGCCAUCGCUGUGCUUGGCUACUACAACCGGCGUGGAAUCAACCCAGAGGCAUUCCUGAAUGAAAUCAAGUAUAUCGCUAGUGACCCUGAUGACAAGCACUUCUUCAAGGUGACUGAUGAGUCUGCCUUGAAGGACAUUGUGGACGCGCUUGGGGAUAGGAUCUUCAGUUUGGAAGGGACCAGUAAGAACGGGACAGCCUUCGGCCUCCAGAUGUCUCAGGCUGGCUUCUCUUCACACUUCGUGGAGGUCACAGGCCUCCAUGAUGGUUUCAACAUCCACACCAAGAACCACAGGAUCAUCAAGGGCCCCAAACAGGCCCAGUUUGGAUACACUGUGCAGCAGCACGUUGCCGGGGGACAAAAGUG